UUUCAACUUUUCAACCUUUUCAAGCAAAUAUCCAUCAUCUCCCCCGUUGACCUAGACAAGCACUCACAUUUACAUAUACAAUGUGCAUACGCACCCAUCUCAACAUAUACAUAUAUGUUCUUCUGCUUAUACACCAUUUCCACUCCGAUGAUCCUUCCUCUUUUUUCCCUUUUUCUCUGGUUCUAGAUUCUUGAACACUGAUAUACAUUUUUGUAAAUGAAAUUAUGGAGCCCCCAGAGAGGAAGUCAUUAUUUUGCAUUUGCUUUCCAUCAGUACUUCUGCUUUCUGCUGUUCUCUUUAUUGGGAGUGCAUUCCUAGUCACUGAUUAUAAGGAUAGGUUUUUGGGAUGUCAAAUGUUUAACAAUAUAAAGGCCACAAAAUCUAAGAUGUGUGAGAAUCAGUGUAGGCCUGAAGGAAGUGAGACCUUGCCUAAAGGGAUUGUUUCUAUAACUACUGAUUUGGAGAUGCGGCCACUGUGGGGCCGUCCAAAGAAGAAGUCCAAGUCACCAAUGAAUUUGUUGGCAAUUGCAGUUGGAAUAAAUCAGAAAGAAAAUGUGAAUGAAAUGAUUAAAAAGUUUCCGUUGACCAAUUUUGCCAUCAUGCUUUUUCAUUAUGAUGGUAACGUCGACCGCUGGAAAGAAUUAGAAUGGAGCAAUUAUGCCAUACAUGUUUCUGCUAUUAACCAAACUAAGUGGUGGUUUGCCAAGAGGUUCUUACAUCCAGAUGCUGUUGCACGGUAUGCCUAUAUUUUCCUUUGGGAUGAAGAUCUUGGAGUUGACAACUUUCACGUUGGGAGAUAUCUCUCAAUUAUUAAAGAGGAAGGUCUUCAGAUUUCACAGCCAGCAAUUGAUCCUGAAAAAUCAGAGGUCCAUUACAAAUUUACGGCACGAGAAUUAAACUCGACAGUACACCGAAGGACUAUAAACUUACGUGGUCCAGGCAGGCGGUGCUAUGAAGAUAGCACCGGCCCUCCAUGCACGGGCUUUGUGGAGAUGAUGGCUCCUGUUUUCUCAAGGGAGUCAUGGCGUUGUGCUUGGUACAUGAUUCAGAAUGACCUUGUUCAUGCAUGGGGCCUCGACUUCCAACUUGGUUACUGUGCACAGGGAAAUCAAACAGCAAAUAUUGGAAUUGUCGACUCUGAGUACGUAGUCCAUUUUGGUCUACCCACUCUUGGGGGUUUGGCAUCAGACAAGGCUAACAGUGAAGACAAAGGCCAGUCGUCUCUAAAUAAAGUGUCGCCUGACCAAGGGCACAAGGUACCAUCUGAAACAGAUCAAUCUGAUGGUAGAAAUGCUGUACGAAAGGAGUCCUAUAUUGAAUUAGAGAACUUUAAGAACAGAUGGAAGAAAGCUGUAAGAGAAGAUGAAUGUUGGGAGGAUCCCUUUCAGCAGCCAGUAACGAAAUGAGGACAAAAGAAUUUAUUGUAUAGAUAUAGGUUUUUACUUCAAAGAAAGCAAAUGUAAAACGAAGAAAACACUUCUUCGAUUCAAAUAAUAUUCUUUACAAUAAGCAGAAUUAUUCUGUUUGAUGAUAUAAAAAUGUAAAUCCUCAACAUUUGAUUACUUGUUGAAUUCUAGAAAAGAAAAAUAACAUUUCCAAUAAGUUGUAUUAAAUACUUUUUCUUUUGCUUA